AUGGCUGCGCUAUGGAAUCUCCCGACCGAAAUUGUGAUCCAAAUGAUGAAGCAUUCGGCGAAUUUAUCAUGUUUGUGGAGUCUCAUCAACGUGUCGUCACGGUUCAAAUUGAUUUUGAUGACACAUGCUUGGGACAUUAUCGAAAAUGUCAUUACAAAAACAACACCUAGCUGCAUCCGGGCUCUUAUGAGGAUAGUAAUUGCCACACGCACGUCACCUGAUUUAUUCAUUGGCGUUAGUGAUGUUGCCGCCUACUUGUUAAAACGCAAGGUGAUCACUCGCGAUACGGAUAAAGUCAGCGAUAGGCUUAUGCUUCAAAACAAGUCACCACAGGUGUUGCAUGACUUCGUAAAAUUAGCACACACCAUUCACGGCGUUGCACAUGCCUGCUUGGACCUUUACAUGGAAAGGGUGCUAAGGGCAAAGCCACCACGAAUUGAUGUUGGUGAUCUUCAGAACUAUCAGACGAUAUUGAAGAUGUUAUACUCCGAGCGUCAAUCACCAGGACGACCGUUCCAGCCCAAGGAGUUUGGACCGCGCACAUAUUUGGAGGAACAGAUAGUCAUUCGAGCAAUAUGGUAA